AUGGGUAAUCUAUUUGCGUCGCCAUCGAAAUUAACCUCACGACAACAAGAGAGAAUGCCUUCCACAACGGAAAAUGCGAUGGCAGUGAGCAAGUAUGUUGCAAUUGGUGCAUCAGAUGCAGUUGGUGUUGGUACACCGAAACCGCAGCAAGAUGGUUGGGUACCAAAAUUUGCAUCGUUUAUACAAGCGCAAAAAACAGUAAAUCUCGGCGUGAGUGGUUCAACACUGAACGAGGCAUUGAGACAGCAGAUCCCAUCAGCCUUACAAAAUCAACCCGACGUGAUAACGAUAUGGUUAGCUGUCAAUGACUUUAAUCAACAAGUAUUCGACACAGAUAUAUUGAAUAAAUACAAGAAAGAUUUGAAUAUAAUGUUGUCAACGCUUCGAUCUAAGCUAGGACAAGAAGUUAAAAUACUCGUUGGGAAUAUUCCCGAUCUGUCAAAAGUAACUGUUUAUACACAAUUCGGUAUACCGUCAUUAUUGUUAAGCAUAAAAGUUAAACAAUGGAACUCGAUCAUAGCAGGUGCUGUUAAAGCAAACCGGUGCACACUUGUUGACUUAUAUAAACAUUGGGAAGAACUCGCUAAGCAUCCGGAGUAUAUUUCCUUUGAUGGUUUUCAUCCAUCAUCAGAUGGCUAUAUGAGAUUAGCGCAAGUCUUCUACGAUCAAUACAAAAAAUAA